CAAGGCUUAUUUACCUGGUGGGUUCCUCUUCGAAGAGUUUUACAAAGCUCAAGACGAUUUUGAGACUUUUAAACCUGGGGUCUUUUAUGGGAUCUGCGGUAUCUCAUUCGCGUCUUCUAGACCUACAUUUUUUGAGCCAUGCAUUUGCCAGCGAGGCAGUUCCCCUGAUUAGCUGUUUCUGAAGAGAGCCCACUCGCCAGAGCACUCCAGUAAAUGGGGAAGUGAAAAGUAAAAUGGGAAGCUGGAGGACCGUUCUCCAUCGCUAGACGGUCUCAACAGGAAGGAGCCAUGGCUCUGGACGGGAUAAGGAUGCCAGAUGGCUGCUAUGCGGAUGGGACGUGGGAACUGAGUGUUCAUGUGACGGACCUGAGCCGCGAUGUCACCCUAAGAGUGACUGGAGAGGUGCACAUUGGAGGAGUGAUGCUCAAAUUGGUGGAAAAACUCGACGUAAAAAAAGAUUGGUCUGACCACGCUCUCUGGUGGGAAAAGAAGAGAACUUGGCUUCUUAAGACUCACUGGACCUUGGAUAAGUACGGCAUUCAGGCAGAUGCUAAGCUUCAGUUCACCCCCCAGCACAAACUGCUUCGCCUGCAACUUCCCAACAUGAAGUAUGUGAAAGUGAAAGUGAAUUUUUCUGAUAGAGUCUUCAAAGCUGUUUCUGACAUCUGUAAGACUUUUAAUAUAAGACAUCCUGAAGAACUUUCUCUCUUGAAAAAGCCCAGAGAUCCAACAAAGAAAAAAAAGAAAAAGCUGGAUGACCAGUCUGAAGAUGAGGCACUUGAAUUAGAGGGGCCUCUUAUUACUCCUGGGUCAGGCACUGAUGUUCUUUACAUUGGCCCUCUGAAAGGAAGUAUAUAUUCAAGCCCGGGACUUUAUAGUAAAACAAUGACCCCCACAUACGACGCUCAUGAUGGAAGCCCCUUGUCACCGACUUCUGCAUGGUUCGGUGACAGUGCAUUGUCAGAAGGCAAUCCUGGUAUACUUGCUGUCAGUCAGCCAAUCACAUCGCCAGAAAUCUUGGCAAAAAUGUUCAAGCCUCAGGCUCUUCUUGACAAAGCAAAAAUCAACCAAGGGUGGCUUGAUUCCUCAAGAUCUCUCAUGGAACAAGAUGUGAAGGAAAAUGAGGCCUUGCUACUCCGAUUCAAGUAUUACAGCUUUUUUGAUUUGAAUCCAAAGUAUGAUGCAAUCAGGAUCAAUCAGCUUUAUGAGCAGGCCAAGUGGGCUAUUCUCCUAGAAGAAAUUGAAUGCACGGAAGAAGAAAUGAUGAUGUUUGCAGCCUUGCAGUAUCAUAUCAAUAAGCUGUCGAUCAUGACAUCAGAGAAUCAUUUGAACAACAGUGACAAAGAAGUUGAUGAAGUUGAUGCUGCCCUUUCAGACCUGGAGAUUACUUUGGAAGGGGGUAAAACGUCAACAAUUCUGGGUGACAUCACUUCAAUUCCUGAACUUGCUGACUAUAUUAAAGUUUUCAAGCCAAAAAAGCUGACUCUAAAAGGUUAUAAGCAGUAUUGGUGCACCUUUAAAGAUACAUCUAUUUCUUGCUACAAAAGCAAAGAAGAAUCCAGCGGCACACCAGCUCAUCAGAUGAACCUGAGAGGAUGUGAAGUCACUCCAGAUGUAAACAUUUCAGGCCAAAAAUUUAACAUUAAACUCCUGAUUCCAGUUGCAGAGGGCAUGAAUGAAAUCUGGCUUCGUUGUGACAAUGAAAAACAGUAUGCCCACUGGAUGGCAGCCUGCAGAUUAGCCUCCAAGGGCAAGACCAUGGCGGACAGUUCUUAUAACCUAGAAGUUCAGAAUAUUCUUUCCUUUCUGAAGAUGCAGCAUUUAAAUCCAGAUCCUCAGUUAAUACCAGAGCAGAUCACAACUGAUAUAAAUCCCGAAUGUUUGGUGUCCCCACGCUAUCUAAAAAAGUACAAGAACAAGCAGGAAAAAGGAUGCAAAAAACAGAUGCCAGGCUAUAUAAGAGAUUUGAUAACAGCAAGAAUUUUGGAGGCCCAUCAGAAUGUAGCUCAAAUGAGCCUGAUUGAGGCCAAGAUGAGAUUUAUUCAAGCGUGGCAGUCCUUGCCGGAAUUUGGCAUCACUCACUUCAUUGCAAGGUUCCAAGGGGGCAAAAAAGAAGAACUUAUUGGAAUUGCAUACAACAGACUGAUUAGGAUGGAUGCCAGCACAGGAGAUGCAAUCAAAACGUGGCGUUUCAGUAACAUGAAACAGUGGAAUGUAAAUUGGGAAAUAAAAAUGGUCACUGUGGAGUUUGCGGAUGAAGUGCGACUGUCCUUCAUUUGUACUGAAGUGGACUGCAAAGUGGUUCAUGAAUUCAUUGGUGGCUACAUAUUUCUCUCAACACGGGCAAAAGACCAAAACGAGAGUCUAGAUGAAGAGAUGUUCUAUAAACUUACCAGUGGUUGGGUGUGAAUAGAAGAACUGUGUAAUGAAACUCCAUGGCCAUAACAAUAUUUAACUUUAAAAGCUGUUGUUUCUUAUAUGCUGCUUAAUAAAGUAAGCUUGAAAUUUAUCAUUUUAUCAUGAAAACUUUUUUGCCUUACCAGACCAGUUAAUAUGUGCACUAACAAGCACGACUAUUAAUCUGCUAUUAUGAUACAGUAUAUGAACUUGAAGACGGCACACAUUCCUUAGGGCAAGAUUCGAAAACUGAAGUAGUGGGCAAAUCAGGAGCAAACCGUCACUGAUUUAAGCUAGCCAAACUAAGAAACUCAAGCCAUCUAUUUUAUAGCUAUCCAGGGCUUAAACUAUAUGAAGUCUAUUUAUCAUGUUUAAUGCAUGUAUUUUAAUGUAUGUUUAAUUUGACCUUGUAUUUUUAAAUAUAUCCUACUUAACUCUGAUAGACAUUUGAAUCCCUCCACCCCAAUAAAAUAAGGCCUACGAAAGAUGCCUCAAUGUUUAAUAAUGUAAUUGUUUUAACCUUGAAGGAAAAUGUUGUUAAUCUGUUAUGCUUGGUUUGUCUGUUUUUGUCUUUGAAUAAGCAUGUAUGUAUAUGGUCUUGUAUUUUUAUUUUUACACUAUAUGUAUUACAACACCUAGUAUUCACCAGCAUAUUCACUGUCUGCCUAAAAUAUGCAACUUUUGCAUUACAAUAUGAAGUAAAGGUCUAUGAAGUAUGCAUUUUGUGUAACUAAUGUACAAACACAAAUUUUAUAAAAUUGUACAGUUUUUAAAAAAAUUACAACUAGCAAACAGCUUAGAUAUGUAGCAUCUUUACAUUAAUUAAAUGCUUUUAAAUGUAUAAUUAAUGUGCAGUUUUAAUAUCUGCUAAAUUAAGAAUGACUUCAAUAUAGUUGUGAUUUGCCACGAUGCCCUUAACUCCACUGCCUGGACUGGCCGUACCCUAGUCUGCUGCGCUGUUACAAUCCGCAUUGGUGCUAGUCAAAGACUUCCUAGCUCACACAGCCCGUAAGGGUGCCAGGGAGGGGCGGGGUACCAGUAUUGUCCAAUAAUCCAUGGUUUAAAGACUGUAUAAAUGCAUUUUAUUUUAAAUAAAAGCAGAAUCUUUUAUUUAA